AUGGCUCCGCGCCGCCGCCCCGCCCGCAGCUCGACGGGCUUCCGCGGAGUCCAGGUGCAGCCAGCUGGCUAUUUUGCGGCGGAGAUCCGCGCCGCUGGUCAGCGCAGCUGGCUCGGCACCUUCAACUCACCGGAGGAAGCCGCACGUGCCUACGAUGCCUCCGCGUGGCUGCUCGGCCGGCCACGACAGGACAUGAACUUCCCCGAGAUCCAUACGCGUGCCGACGCGGAGAUGCUGUCCCCGCCGCCGCGGAUUGUGACGCAGGCGGAGCAGAGGCGUUACGAAAGGGCACUGUUGCAUAUCUCCAUUGCGGAGGCAGAUGAGCACGCCAUGGCCGAGUGGAGAAGGCUUCAUCCCGAGGAUGUUGAGUACGAGGAGAACUUCUGGGCGCAGAAAAAGGCGACGGAGAUUGCGGCGAAGGAGGAGAGGAGGGCGGCAAGGGAAGACAAGAGGAGGAGGAAAGCUUUCUCAGAGGAGCAGCACAGGAGGUCGAAGGCGAACCUGCCGACCAUUCCUGAUGAGGACGACCAUUGGUUUGACAUUUUCCUGUCGACAGAGGAGGACACAGAUAGCGAUAGCGACCUGUCCGAAUGGAAUUAG